UCGAUCUAAGACGACUUAAAUAACGCAUAUGUAACCAGGGAUAUCGAUCUUGGAUCAUUUUAUUAAUUACAUACAACAAACAAUUUUAAGCAAUCAUCGAUCUAAUCAUAGAUUUCUUCAUUCAUCUGUGAAAAUAUGGGAAACUGUUGCAAGGCAGCAUCAUCAAUGGAGUGGGAUGGCGAGGACUGGAGUGAUUUGGCGACGUCCAAGAAGACCAGCUUGAGGAAGGUGUUUGACGAAGCUCAUGCUCAUGUUCAUCAUGGUCAUGGGUUGAGUUUAGGAAAUGUGCAGAAGGAGAAGCUCAUGAGAUCGCUAAGAGCUUUUCCUGAUGCUAAUGGGAAGGCGAAUAUAAAGAUUUCAAAGAAAGAGUUGGUGGAAUUGUUGGAGAAGCAACAACAAACUAAUAAGAAGCAAGUAGGGAGAGUAUCUGCAGAACAAGUUCUGCUUCGCUUAACAAGGGCUAGAGAUCAUGAUGCAGCUCGUCACGGAUUAUGGAAGCCCGUGCUAGAGAGUAUUCCGGAGUUAAUUAGUUGAUUGAUGAUUAAUUAUGAGAUCUACUACUUAUGGUGCUGAUCAUGGAGUGUAGAUAGAUUGAGAAGGUUUUUUGCAUCAGUAAUUGUAUAGAACACUGAACACCUAAGAAAUUAAUCCACCAUUUAUGUAAUUGUAUAGAGCUAGGUUGGGGGGUUUGUAAUUGAUCCGUUCAUUAUUUCUGCCAGCGAAUAAUUAAGUGAUAUCAAAGAUACACUAUACGGUUAUUUGUGAAUCAUGUGACACCAGCAAAAACAUUUCCAGAAGCUAGUAUAUGUAUUUGCGGAGUACUUAUCAUUUAUUAAUUUGCUGGUUUAAUUUCUAGCUGAUAGAAGGGUAUUUUCUUUAUAAGUACUCUCAUUAUCUUGUUUUAAUGAAACGCGAUUCAAUGUUCCAGCUAGGUCUUUUGAAUCAAUU